ACUCACUUUUUCUUCCUCCUCCAACCAAAAGUUCGGCACACAAACAUCACACAAUCACACAACGGUGGCAGCAAGAACCUCAAAUCAGACCCAAGACAAUGGGGCUCUGCAUGUCUAGCGGCGGGGCAGCUGUGGCGGCGGUGCAGGCCGACGGGCUGGCCGCGUCGACGGCGAUGGUGCUCCUACCCACAGGGGAGCUGCGAGAGUACACGCCCCCGGCCACAGCGGCGCGGGUUCUCCAGGACUCCGUCGAGGCGGGACGCGGCUGGUUCCUGUGCGACGCCGACGCGAUGGGGUUCGACGGCGCCGUGGCCGCCGUGGGCGCAGGCGAGGAGCUCCGCCCGGGCCAGAUCUACUUCGUGCUCCCUGCGGAGGCGCGCCGCAGCGGCCUCCGGCGGGAGGAUAUCGCUGCGCUCGCCGUCAGAGCGUCCGCCGCGCUCGCCAGGAAAUCCAGCACGUCGCCGCUCAUGUUCGCGCCUCCACCGGAGAAGGCCGACCAGGCCGCCGCCGCCUACAAGACCGUCCCGGCGCUGGCGGCCAAGAGGCGGCAGGUGGCGCGCGCCAAGAGCGCCGGGAGGAUGCAGCCGCGGUUCGCGCCGGAUCUGAGCGCCAUUUCCGAGUGCGACACGAGUGAGUGAACGGACACGGAUCGAAUCAAGAACACAUAUUUGGGGAUUGAUUGAUUCCAGUCUCCGUCGAACAUGGAGGAGGCGCUCCGGCCAUUCUGGAGAAAGGACGCGCGGACGGCCGGAAUUGAUGUCGCCAGGCUGGCGGAGGCUGCAUCAGCGGCUGACAAAGCGGAGGGCCGUCAGAUCUGCAUCGAACGGACGUUUCUGGCUUGGAGCGGAUGAUACCAUAACGUCGAUUCAGAUGGGUCUGCUGAGGGGGGUGACAUGAUGGAUUAGCGCGUGUAAUUUGUAGGAACAAAAUUUUGAUCGUGUUAGAUGAUUUGGUUUUCUAAAAAUGAA